AUGACCACAGGAAUUUGCUUGCAAUUGGCACGACGUCUGGGGCUCGAACUUAGCCGCAGACGUCCAACUCUUGGGUUAAAUGUCCUGGGGGAACGACAUGGCCCAUACUUUACACCCAAGUCCUAUUCCUCGAUGAGUUCCAAUAAUGGAGGAACAUCUUAUCUUUUAGGGGCGUUGCAUGGAUUUAAGAUACUGGAUCUAUCUCGAAUCCUGGCUGGGCCAUUCUGCACCCAGAUAUUGGCAGACUAUGGUGCAGAUGUAAUCAAAGUCGAGCAACCUGGAAAAGGCGAUGAUACCAGAUACUGGAGAACAGAAGGAGAGGGUGAAAAAUGGUCGACGGAAGGAAUAUCAUGCUAUUUUGCAUGUGUAAACCGCAACAAACGUUCCGUCACCUUAGAUCUCAAGAGCGAAAAGGGCAGAGAGAUUAUUUUCGAUUUAGUUAAACGAGCAGACGUGGUGGUGGAAAACUUUUUACCGGGAAAGAUGGACAAACUGGGCAUUGGAUAUGAAACCAUUUCCAAAGUGAACCCGGCCAUUAUCCAUGCCAGCAUUUCCGGGUAUGGUGCCACUGGACCCUAUUCCCAGCGCGCGGGUUAUGAUAUCAUCGCUGCUGCAGAAGGCGGCCUGCUUCACAUAACUGGUGAAGCUGACGGUCCUCCUACAAAACCUGGGAUUGGCUUGACAGAUCUGUGUACCGGACUGUUCAUGCACGGGGCAAUAAUAGCAGCGUUGCAGGCUAGACAUCAAACCGGAAAAGGCCAAAAACUUGAAGGCUCUCUUUUUGAAACCCAGGUAUCAUUGAUGACCAAUGUCGCAAGCAACUGGCUGAAUAUGGGACAGGAAGCCCAACGGUGGGGAACAGCUCAUCCAAGCAUUGUUCCAUACGAAGCUUUUAAAACUAAAAACUCCCACAUUGUCCUCGGUGCAACGAACAAUAGACAAUUUGGAAUCCUCGCAGAUCGUCUGGGAAGCCCAUAUUUGGCACACGAUGGCAGGUUCCGAACAAACGAUUCAAGAGUGCGCAAUCGAGUGGAGCUGAAUGGCAUUCUGCGUGAACUGUUCAAAUCCAAAACAACUGAUGAGUGGCUUACGAUCUUCGAAGGCAGUGGAAUGCCGUAUGGGCCAAUUAACAAUCUAGAAAAGGUGUUCACCCAUGCCCAAACUCAAGCAAGAGAAAUGAUCCAAUCUAUCGAACUUGAUGCUGCCGUUGAUGGAAGAUUCAAAGUCACAGGAUUUCCCGUUAAAUUUAGCGGCACGAAACCUUCAAUUCGAAGCAACCCUCCGCUUCUGGGGGAGCAUACGGAUGAAAUCCUUCAGGAGCUUGGUAUUUCCAAGGAAAAGUUGGCGGAUUUGCGACGGGAGAAGAUUGUAUAA